UUUUCCCUCCUCUACUACACUCCCAGCCAUGGCACAGAUACGCGGCACAGCUGGCUACCAUUUGGGCAACCAGAGCCCCUUUGGCAACUCCGGGCGCAACGACGACAUGAGCAACGAUCCCAGUCCCCUCGACCAACUGAGGGCCCAGACGAGCAAGCUCGAGGACAUGCUGGACACUGUCGCGAACCCCACCAAGCCUUAUCUCCCAGCAAUUGGCCGCUUCCUGAUUGUCGUGACCUUUCUCGAAGACGCGCUGCGCAUCGUGACUCAAUGGACCGACCAGCUCACAUAUCUCCACGACUACCGACACAUUCCCAACGGCCUCACCCAGAUGUUCCUCAUCUUCAACGUCAUCGCCAUGACCGUCUGCUCUGUAGGCGUUAUUGCCCGAAAAUGGUCCGAAUACAGUGUGGGCGGGCUCAUGAGUGUGAUCGUGUUGCAGGGUCUCGGAUACGGUCUGGUCUUUGACCUCAACUUCUUCCUCCGCAAUCUGUCGGUUGUUGGUGGUCUGCUCAUGGUGCUCUCCGACUCGUGGGUUCGCAAGAAGUUUGCCCCGGCCGGUCUUCCUCAGCUCGACGAGAAGGACAAGAAGAUGUACUUCCAGCUUGCUGGACGCGUUCUGCUCAUUUUCCUCUUUAUCGGCUUCGUUUUCCGUGGCGACUGGACCCUCUGGAGGAUUAUUGCCAGUCUUUUGGGAUUGGUUGCUUGCGUCAUGGUGGUGGUUGGCUUCAAGGCCAAGUUCUCGGCCAUUAUGCUGGUGCUGAUUCUCAGCGUCUUCAACCUCUACGUCAACAACUGGUGGACUCUGCACCCGCACCACCCUCACAAGGACUUUGCCAAGUACGACUUCUUCCAAAUCCUCUCGAUUGUCGGCGGUCUCCUCUUGCUGGUCAACAUGGGCCCCGGACAGUUCUCCGUCGACGAGAAGAAGAAGGUGUACUAGGCCGCUUAAGACACGCAUCAUGCAUCACGACAUGUUCCGAUUCGACGCUGGACAGUAAACCCCAAUUACAUCCGAUGGCAAAUGUUGUAUCGACUGGGUACAAGGAGCAUCAAAACUGCCAAGACAAAAACACUGGGGACAGGGAGGGAGGUUCUCAAAAGUGCCAGUGCCAUUUUCGAGCCCAGCAAAACAUUUGCAGAUACGGAAAAUUUAUAGACUAUGAAUAGCAUUUGGCGUUUUGACUCGCGAUUAGGUUGGUUGCACCUAUCGCGAGACCCUUUUCUUUAAAUACAUGUAGGCAAAUUCAUUUAAGUU